UUCCUUCUCUUUACGUUUGAGCUUGUGCGAGUGAGGUUGCCCUAACAGACGGAAAAUGCCUACUGAUCCAAAAGCUUUUAUGAAGGAUUUCCUCGCCGGAGGAAUAUCCGCAGCCGUUGCCAAGACCUCAGUAGCUCCAAUUGAAAGAGUAAAACUGAUUUUGCAAGUGCAGGCUGCUUCCAAACAGAUCGAAGCCGGCAAAGAAUAUAAAGGUAUCAUCGAUGCAUUCGUCAGAAUUCCAAAGGAACAAGGUUUCUUCAGUUUGUGGCGUGGUAACCUCGCUAAUGUACUCAGGUAUUUCCCCACACAAGCUUUGAACUUCGCCUUCAAAGAUGUCUACAAACAGAUCUUUAUGAGCGGUGUUGACAAAAACACACAGUUCUGGAGAUAUUUCGCCGCUAACUUAGCUUCUGGUGGAGCUGCCGGAGCCACUUCACUCUGCUUUGUAUACCCCUUAGAUUACGCCCGUACAAGAUUGGGAGCUGAUGUAGGAAAGAGCUUGUCCGAAAGGCAAUACACCGGUCUCAUUGACUGUAUAAGCAAAACCUUCAAAUCUGAUGGACCAGUUGGUUUAUACAGAGGUUUCUCCGUCUCUGUCCAAGGUAUCAUCAUCUACCGGGCAUCUUACUUCGGUUUCUUUGACACUGCUAAGGGAAUGUUGCCAGAUCCCAAAAAUACUCCAUUCAUCAUCUCCUUCUUGAUUGCUCAAGCUGUAACCACUGUAUCUGGUAUUACUUCAUAUCCAUUCGAUACAGUCAGGAGGCGUAUGAUGAUGCAGUCUGGCAGAGCUAAAUCAGACAUGAUGUACAAAAAUACUCUUGACUGCUGGAUGAAGAUCGGCAAAAAUGAAGGUCCCAGUGCUUUCUUCAAGGGAGCCUUCUCCAACGUCCUCAGAGGUACUGGAGCUGCCCUCGUACUUGUAUUUUACGAUGAAGUGAAGAAUCUACUGUAGAUUUUGAAUUAGGGAAAUUAAUUUAACUGAGUUUUUUAACAUCAUUCCUACUGACCAUUCCUCAUGAUCAGGCUUGAACUACAUUCCUUUGAAGCAUUUCUGAUUACUUUUGGAUCAAAGUAAAAUUACUAGGAAAUUUAGACCGAGAAUCUGUAUUUUAAAGAUGUGUACCAUGUUUCAUUGUAAAGUAAUAAUUGGAUUUUAUAUUCUAAAAUUCAAGAAAUAAAUUGUUAUACUAGUUAUUAAUUUAUUUCAGUGGAAACAACCUCUCAGUAUUUCUUAAAUGCAAAGAACGCAAUUCUGAUAUAAUUUCUGUACCUGUUUAGAUGUACAAUAAACAGUUGAAGCCAA